CAGUGCAGAUCCAGCCGCUCGAGGGCCCGAAGCUCGACCGAAGCCAGCCGACUUCUAGCCGACGAUCCUAGCCGCUCAGUCCGCAGCGCAGCAGCCCACGUGCGAGCAGCCACGCGUGCCGCCGAGCAAGUCUCCAGCCAGCCAGGCAGCCAGCCAGCCAGCCGACCUCUCCUCCAUCCACGUUCAGUUCGCCAGCCGAGCAGCUGCGCCGAGGCAAGGGGAGCUCGCAAGCAUCGCCGCAGACGUCGAGAUGGCAUACUCCUGGGACAACCGCUGCAACUUCGUCGUCAAGUAUCUUUACGAUACCGACAGCAACGGAGUGCUGGAGAAGAACGACUUCGAGUGCAUGGCCCUGAAGAUGACGGUGCUCGAGGGUAAGGGCGUCUUCGACACGGCCCGUCACCAGCAGAACCUCCACGUGAUGCUGUCGCUCUGGGAGGAGAUCGCUCAGAUCGCCGACUUUAACAAAGACGGCAUGGUCACCACCGAGGAGUUCAAGGACGCCGUGAAGAAGUCCUGCGUGGGCAAGUCGUACGCGGAGUUUCCGCAGGCCAUGAAGAUGUUCAUCGACAACCACUUCAAGAUCGUCGACAUGAACGGUGACGGAGUGAUCGGAGUGGAGGAGUACCGGUACAACGCGGUCACGCGAAUCCCGAUCGCCAGCAUCGACAUCAUCGAUCAAGCCUACCAGAAGUUGCUCAACGACGACGACAAGAGGAAGGGCGGACUGACCCUGUCGCGCUAUCAGGAGCUCUACGCCUCGUUCCUCGGCGACUCCACCGACAAGACACCGGCGGUCCACCUGUUCGGCCCACUGCCCGAGAACCUCUGAACGCCUCCCACAUCCCGACGAUUAAUAACCAUGCUCUUUCUCAGUCUUGCAAUAGUGUGUCGCCUCCCUCUCCCCCGCCCCCUCCACACUUCACCCGUCGGAUCUCUCGAAACUCGGUUGUUACCGUUGUUAUUUAUGUACCACGCUUUAAUACUACGUACGCCACACGUACGGACGGACUUUAUUUAUUCGUCUAGUUAGACCAAAGAUUAAUUAUACCGACUCUCUGAGCGACACAUUGUUCCUCUCUUCCUCGUAGAAUUCUCUGCGUACACGCACGGACACACACGCCACACGCACACGCCGCGAGUAUAAAUGUCACGUGCAACAUUGACUUGACGCGCACGCCGCCGCGCUGCGCGCGCGAGAUACAAGACUUUUCGAUACUGCAAUCGUGCCAAGUAUACAUGAGUUGUCGUUGAUUUUUUUUUUUUUUUCUGUUAUAUACGCUUUGUUCUAUGACUCGCCUUUUUUUCUUUCCUUCUUCAAAUUGAUUGAUUGAUUAAACCAAAGACAUGUCCCUUAUUUCAUUUCAAUCGACUCCGCUCGUUUUUAUUUACUCAAAACGUUUGUCUCUCGAUACGCGAGUCGGAUACAUGUACCGUCAAUGUAAUUAAAGAUAAUCCUGAAAUUUUUGUUGCUGCUUAAUUGUCAUAAAACAAAUGUAACAUUUUAUACAAAUUGUACAUUUCCGGACUAACACAAGUUUGUACACGAGUAAAUAGAAAAAUAUAUGUUAUCUGGUUCUUGUUAAACAAAUUGAAAG